AUGCUGUCCGAUUCUGAUCACCAGUUUCUUUUUCACUUGCUGCCGCUUGCCGGUGGGUCCUUUGCUCGAUUGGCCAUGCGGUCCGACGACGGAGUCUUCAUCGCGUACCUGCACCGGCGUGCUCAGCUGGUAGACAUCGUGGACGACGAGUGGGCCCAGGACGUCCUCGGCCAGGACGACUUCGACCUCCCCGCCAGCGAACUCGACUCGGACAACGACGAGCGCAAGAGUGACGAGAAGUGGGUGGAGCUGUGCCUCGACGAGUUCCAGGUGAUGCGGGCGGUGCCGCGCCGGUGGGACUUGUAG